AUGGGAAUGCGUGUGUUUUGUCACGUGGCUUCGCGUGGCGCCAUCGCGCCGCCCGCGUGCCCGCGGGGCCGCAUUGCCGCUCGGAACGCUUCCCUCGGCACGCGGCGCGUGGCCGAGGCUCGGCCGGACGCGCGAGCCCGCGCGAGCAAGAGGAACAGGGAGCCGAUCACGGAGGCUGACGUCACCCCGGAGAUGCGGGCCAUCAUGGAAAGAAAUUCCCAGAAGUGGGAAGGGCUUCCGUUGGAAGAGAAGGUGCGGCGGUGCCGCAUCAGCCUGGCCAACCGCGGGAAGAAACCGUGGAACCAGGGCGGGCACCACUCCGAGGAGACGAAGAACAAGAUCCGCGACGGCGUCCUCAGCGCCAUGAAGCGCCCGGAGGUGGCCGUGAAGCUCAAGAACGCCGCUCCAGCCAGGAAGCGCACGGAGACGACGAAGGUGAAGCCGGCGCAGACGCGCAGGUCGCGCUCUCCGCGGCCCCGCAGCGAAGCAUCGGCGCCCAAGGCACCACGCACACAGGGGACGGACCAGGCGCCCGGAUCCGCGCCGGCGCGGGGCAGCAGCAUCAUCAGGCCGAAGAAGGCGCCUGCCAGGCAGCCCGCGGACGAGGGCACGCCGCUCCGCGCCCAGGAGCCCGCGCCAAGCGAUGCCGCCGCCCCCGCGCUCCAGCGGACGGUUGCUGCGCCUUCCAGCGCCGACGACGACGCGGCGAAACGCCGCGAGAAGCCCCGCAAGACCCGCCCCUCGCCGGUCAGCAGCGGCAAGACGAUGAGCGACCGCGCUGUCGACGCGAUGCGGGAGGCGAAGCUCGAAGCGCAGCGUCGGAAGCGUCGCGAGGCCGUGGAGGCGGACCGGCGCGCCGUGGACGAGGAGACGGCGCGGCGCACGCGGCAGGAGCAGGCGCUCGUGGCUGCUCUCGAGAAGAUCCGCCGGGCCGAGGCGGCAGUGGCGGCGCUGGAGCAGCGCGCGCUGCAGCUGGAGGCGACGGACGACCUGGACGGCGCGGACGCGACGUGGGGCGCGGUCGCGCUGGCGCGGACGCGGCUGCAGGCGGCGAAGAAGGCGAUUGGGCUGGAGGACGAGGCGGGGAGCAGCAAGGAGGAGGCGGGGGGGGUGUGGGGGGUGGAUGCGGGGGCGCGGGGGGGGUCCGAGGCGGAGGAGGAGGAGGAGAGGGAGGAAGUGGUGGUGUACAUGGACGGAGAGGUGGCGGAGGAGGAGGGCGCGCGGGCGGUGGCGAGCAACGGGCACGCGGUGGCUGCGCCGCUGCAGGGGUCCCUGGCGAAGGGGGGGGUGUCGCCGAGCAUGCGGCGGAGGAGCUCGCCUCGAUGA